AUCCCUCAGACCUCCCUCCUUGCCCCAGCCUCGCGGGCCGCCUAACUGCCCCUCUCCAAGGGUGCCACCGGACCUCGCUGGAGAGGAACUUUUCCGUUGGCUGGAUUUAAUCACCACCCAUUCCUGGUUCCACGUUUCCUUUAAGUGGGGCUAGUGGGGCUGACUGGGCCGCAAGGCGGCAAGGAACUGGAUUGCGAUUGGUUAGCUCGUGCCUCGGUCGGCGGUACAAUUGGCUGAGGCGCCGGGCCUUGGGCAGCAUUCCCCAACGGGAUUGGUCACCGCUUUCCCAGAGCCCGCCUUCCGCAGUACAAGUGGUCCCCGGGUCGGGUGGGAGGAGGGGCCUCCGGGACGAAGAACAUGGCGGCGGCGGACCUCGCUCACAUUCCUGAUGUGGACAUCGACUCCGACGGCGUCUUCAAGUAUGUGCUGAUCCGAGUCCACUCGGCUCCGCGCUCCGGGGCUCCGGCUGCGGAGAGCAAGGAGAUCGUGCGCGGCUACAAGUGGGCCGAGUACCAUGCGGACAUCUACGACAAAGUGUCGGGCGACAUGCAGAAGCAGGGCUGUGACUGUGAGUGUCUGGGCGGCGGACGCAUCUCCCACCAGAGCCAGGACAAGAAGAUUCACGUGUACGGCUACUCCAUGCAGAUGAAAGCCACGUGCGUCCCUCUGGGUGCCUCAAGCCCCAGGAUCCACCCUCAAGGCCUAUGGUCCUGCCCAGCACGCCAUUUCAACUGAGAAAAUCAAAGCCAAGUACCCCGACUACGAGGUUACCUGGGCUAACGAUGGCUACUGAGCACUCCCAGCCUGGGGCCUGCUACCUCCAGCAGCCAUGUCGUAGCCCCCGCCUUUGCCUGCACCCCUUUCAGGGUUGGCCCUGCCUGCUUCUGCGGCAGCUCCUGGUGACGUGCUGUCUGCCAGGCUUUGCAGACAGGCUAGCUUGGCCACAGAAUUAAACAUGUUGCCACGCCUCCCA